AUGCUGACAUCCGCAAUGGUCAAGUGUUCCGUGCUGGCGUUGUGUUUCACCUUGUUCGUCGACCCCAGCUGGGCUCAGAGUACAAACGCGGGAUUUUUCGGAGCUUUGGCUGCCAAUUUCGCGCAAAUCUUUCAGCGACGCACGUCCACUCCAAGUGAACCGGCCAUCGUCGAGCCUGUGACGGUCUAUUUGACACAAUACGAGACUGUAGUGCAGACGGAAACGGAACGAUUGACAGAAACAGAAACAUCUACCUUGUCUUUGUCUUGGCUCAGAUGGACAACGCAAACAGAGCGCGAAUUCCUGACUGAAACUGUCACAGAGACCACCACAUCGGUCGAUGUUUCGUUGCUCGUCAGCGUGGCCGUCGUGACACUGACCGAGAGAUCCACUGCUUACCAGACCGUCACAUCUACAGCAACGUCCGUUUCAUUGGCGACCAAGACAAUGUACUCGGAGUACAUCGUGACGGAAAUCGCAUCCAAAUGCCCGACGUACACCGUCAGUGUGGGCAUGUUGCAACGGCAUGGAGAAAUUGAAGAAGACCAGAAAUCUCGAAGAACUCCCGAACUUCACGAUGAACUCCACUUUUCUGAGGAAGAACUGGGCAAGGUGGACGAUUUCGCAUCGUCGCAGUUACAGAAUAAAAACGUUCUGAACAAUAAAAAUGGGCAAACCUUCAAAGUGGAUGAGUUUGUCCAGUUGAAGCCAUCGGCAAUGCCCACGCGCGAUCUUAUCGAUAUUGACGAUAUGGAUUUAAUGGCCAUGCAGCGCCAUUUAGAGUUGGAAUUAUCGCCGGAUGAACAAGAUAGUGCCCGGAAUGCAGGGCCGGCAUCGAACGUGGAACAUUUGGCUGAAAACAGAGAUGAUAUUGAUGUCGUAGACAUCGAUGAUCUUGACCUCGUGGAUGGAUUCCUUCGUCGAUCUACAGGCCAAUUAACGUCCGGUGCGGCUAAAUUGCCUGGUACACCAAACCUCAUUAAACAUUCGAGCAUCAUCGAGUCGUCUUUCCCAUCUCGACAACGUCAGUUUGAUAUCGCAGAGAAUUCGCAGGCUGACAUCACAGCCGAUUUACAGUUCAGAAAUUGAAAUCAAUUUGAAUUUUGAUUCAACAAUUUCCUUGGUGUGU